GGAGGGGCACAAUGCAGGUCAUGCGACGUACCGACCACCCUCAACUACCUUCUCCCAUCGUCGCUCGCCCGUCACGACCCGCACCGACACGCUUCGUCACGGUACGCCACAUCCCAUACUUUGUCCUGCCACGCGGGCGUGUUUCCGCCGUGCGUAGGGUGUUGAUGUUGGUGAGCUCAGGCCCGUCUCUGCCGCGCAGGUCCGGCUGGUCGCGGUGUCCCCCGAGCCUUUCCCCGAGCUGCAGUCCGGCCGAACCGCGCCGAGGCCGACUGCCCUCGUGUGAGGAGCAGGCUGACGAGGAGGAUGAGGACGACCCGGAACCCCCCGGCGUGGCAGCCGCUGCAGCCACCGCCACCCCCGCCCCGGUGGACGUUGACGUCAACAGCGCCCUUCCCGACGUGGUGCCCCGAGCUGCACCAAGGCAGUCCCUCUCCCGACAGCCCAGGUGGCCCGCCUCCCCGUUCACCAAGUACAUAACCGCCUCGAGCCCGGGACUCUCAUCUCAGCAGACCCCGGACACGUCGCCGUUCUCAUCAGCUCCGGUGCCCCUGCCGACCUCGCCAUCCUCGAACGUCGAAGAUGAGCCGCAGGUCCGCGAGGCUGUGGCGUCGUCAGCGACCACGCUGUGCUACCGCCUCCCCGACGUGGUGUGCGACGCUGAGCGCGCCGCCCCCUGCCCGGCCCCGAGGACCGCCCCCAGGCCAAGCCCCGCCCUCGGCCCCGCCCUUGGGGUGGCCCACCUCACCCCAAAGCCGGCCCCGCGGUGGCACCGCCCCCGCGCCGCCCUCAAGUGCCCCGCCCCCGCGGCGGUCCCCCGCGCCCUGCGCGAGGACGAGCUGGAGCACGCCCUCUGCAAGAUGGCGGAGGGGGACAGCUGGCUGCGGGUGGGACAGCACCUCCGGAACAUCGCGGACCAGCUGCAUCUGCCGGAUGAGGUGGACGGACCAGCCGGACCAGCCGAACCCCCGGCACGGCCCUCCGGGCUGCUGUCGCUGCUGCUCCCCCAGCCGGCCAAGCACAAGCGCACCUUCCUGACCACAGCCGUAGUACUGCUAGUGGGCUGGAGACUGCUCUCUCGUGUCCGGUGAACAGAAAAGACUGUGUUUUUCGGAAUUGGUGAUGAGCAUGUUUUGACUUUGUAUUUAUCAGUCAAAGAUUUUUCUUUCUCGACGAGAGAAGAAUAUUUUGUUACGUAUUAGAUUUUAAUUACAGUGCCCAUAUUUCGAGUCAAACACAUCUUCUGUGACUCUGUAUCAGUCAACCAUUUUAAUGGUACGCGUUGCUGAUUCUGGUUUAGCCAAGGGGCUUAUCACUCGCAAGGCGGGUACUCAUUCAUUGUUGUCCGCGAUAUGCUAAAAUUUUGAGUCUUUUCGCACUUAUUGCAGUUUUUAAAGGCACAAAAGUUUAGCACCUCGAGGACACUUUGCCCUAGUGCUAUUUUCGAAAAAAAUUCUUAACCUAGAGAACCAGCAAGCCUCGCUUGCCUCAAGAUUUUUGCCUUUUCGAAUUAUGUUUUUCUUAAAUUUCUUUUUUAUCGUCAGACCAUGUGCCUACAUUCUUAUGUAGUAUUUUCGGGUCGUUAAACAUUGAUGCCCAAAGACUUGUAUUAUAAGUGUAGUGAACAUGUUAAUAAUUGUAAAUGCGUUUCAUGCGAGACUCUGUCUUGCCUUAGAGUUUUCCAAUGAUCUCUCAGUAGGUAGAGUAGAAAGCAGUCCUCUCAAUACUUGCUGCCUGACCUGUGAUUGCCGAAGCGUGAGACGAUGAACAAAUAUAACUUUAUUUAAUGUUUAAUUUUCAUGUUAAUUAGUUUUUGGGGCCAUUAUUGAUCGCAAUGCAAUCAAUUUAUAUUGUUCCUUGUCUCGCGCCCGGUGAGACAAUGUUUUGUACAUAGAGAGGUUCAUUAAUAAUUAGUUUUCUUGCUUUUUUGUACAUGAAUUGUUAUAAUCAAAGUAGGCUAUCCGUUUAGCUCCUUUUUUCUAUAAGUUUUCAUCGUUCAUAAUCAAAGCUAAAGUGUGAUUUAAUAUAUUAUAUAUCUAUAAUGUAAGAGUACUGUUUUAAUGAAGUACGUUGUGUGGGUUUUGAUUUCGAAAUUUUAACCAGAGACUACGUUGUGUUUUUCAAGAAAAGACUAAGCGUUUAGGAUAAAAACGUUGACGUUGUGUUCAUAUAUGGGACUGAAAUAGUGUUCAGAGGCCACUGCCUAAUGAAUUGAAAGAGAAUUGUUAAUUCAUGAACCACUCAGUGGACCAUUAUAUUUGCUUGUAAAUAAGAGCUUUCAUUUUGGGGCAAUUUUCGAUUUUUGAUAUGAAUUUAUAUGCAUAUAAAAUAUGACAUAUUCUGUAUCCCAAUAUAGUCGACCUUUAUUAUACAAUAAUUACUUUUUAAUGUUGAGUGCGGAUCUCUCAUUUUAUAACGUAGUGCGUGACUACCGUGUGGUCACGGCGCACUCAACAUACCAAAAAACUCCCAUUAUGAUCAGAUUACUUUGUACAUUUAAAAUGUGAAAACGUUUGGAAAUUCGAGCCUCUGUACAUUUGUCGGUUAUAUGGGUCUAAUGAAAUUCUAUAUUAAGAUAAUGCGUGUGUACUGGCGUACCAGACAUAACUGGUUCGUUCUGUGCAUGAAGAGAAUAUAAAAGCGCGCAUCAAAGCGUUCUGUGAUAUUGCUAUAAAGAUGCAAUAUACCUAUUCAUAUGAUCUCUGAUUGUCACUCUAAAUCAUGAAAACCUAUCAUCAGAAUCCUAGUCACAUUAGUCGUUUUCUUAAUUAAGUAUUUGGUUUGUAAUUAGCCUGGUUUUCGGACGAAUGGGGCUAUUACAUCAAAAACAUUGAGUAUUGCAUAUGAGAAAACCAAUAGAAUUCUUAAAGGAUUACAAGAUUAAGCUUCUCUGCACCACCACAAGACAUAGAAUACCGAUUCAUUGCCGCCUCAUAUAUUGUCCUAAUAGUAAAGUAAACUCAGCGUGAUGCAGUUCAAAUAUCCAGCAAUCAGAGUAACUGUGAGAAUUGUGAUUCAUAGAUAUAAAGCAUUAUCUGUGGUGACGUUAAUAUACUCACUAGGGUAAAGUUUGGUUAAGUAGAGGAUGCUUCGCUCAAUGUUAAGUUUCCGUAAUGACCCUAGUUUACUUUAUAGUGCAGUUAAGUUAAUUUGUAUGACGCAUGAUAAAAUGCCAUACGCCUCAUGCUCCCAACAGUCUUUCAAUGUACAGUUGACAACGUUUCAGCAUAAAUAAUUGUAAUAAAUAUGCAGUUUCCACUUUUCAAUGAA